CCCAAGAGCUGCUGCCACACCCCGUCCUACUUCUAUCGAUUCCCCCGCUUGUCUUCUCCGCCCAUUCCUCACUGUCUCACCUGCAUCUCUCUAAUUGUCUCGACUCUCUUCACAUAACUCACCAUGUUCAUCGCUCGAUCCGAAUACGACCGUGGAAUCAACACCUUCUCUCCGGAGGGGCGUCUAUUCCAGGUUGAAUACUCUCUCGAAGCUAUCAAACUCGGUUCGACAGCGAUCGGUGUCGCAACCUCCGAAGGUGUCAUCCUAGGUGUCGAGAAGCGCGUCACUUCCAGCCUCCUCGAGGCCUCCUCCGUCGAAAAGAUCGUCGAGAUCGACCAACACAUCGGCUGCGCCAUGUCCGGCCUACAGGCCGAUGCCCGGUCCCUGAUCGAGCACGCCCGCGUCGAAUGCCAGAACCAUGCCUUCCACUACGCCGAGCCGCUGCGAGUCGAGAGCUGCACCCAGGCCAUCUGUGACCUGGCUCUGCGGUUCGGAGAGACGGGAGACGACGAGGAGAGUGUCAUGAGUCGCCCCUUUGGUGUCGCUUUGCUGCUCGCUGGUAUUGAUGAGGAUGGUCCGCAACUAUACUACGCGGAACCGUCCGGAACGUUCUACCGAUACGAUGCCAAGGCCAUCGGGUCUGGAAGCGAGGGUGCGCAGGCGGAGUUGCAGAAUGAAUAUCAUCGUUCCUUGACGCUGGCUGAGGCGGAGACGUUGGUGCUGAAGACGUUGAAGCAGGUCAUGGAGGAGAAGCUGGACGCGAAGAACGUCCAGCUCGCUAGUGUGACUAAGGAGAAGGGCUUCCGGAUCUACGAUGAUGAGGAGAUGGGCAGGGCUGUGGCGCAACUGGGCGGGAACCAAUAAAGGAGGCGGUUUCGGCAUGAAGAUCUUACGGGCCAAUGCGUAUAUCAGCAAUAGUCGUCCUGCGUGGACAGGUAAUUGUUUUGGUAUCGAUAGAAAAGAACAAUGACCUUGUCUAAUGAUUCGAAUGUUUUGAAUUCCCAGCCCCAUGCUCAGUGACUGCUAUUGCAGUCGUGCUUUUAG